AUGGCGCCCCCGAACUGCGUGCCGGUAUUCUGCCACUUGGACUUGGACUGCUUCUACUGCCAGGUAGAGCACCGCCGCCUCGGCAUCCCGAGACACGUACCCCUCGCUGUGAGACAGUGGGACAGCGUGAUAGCUGUGAACUACCCAGCUCGAGCGAUGGGGGUUAAGAGGGGGCAGCGGGUGGAGACGGUGCGGUCUCUCUGCCCCUCAAUAGAGCUCGUCCAUGUAGAGACUAUCUCAGCCAGAGACAAAGGAGACAGAACACAGCCGGACUGGAAGGCAGACAAAGUGACGUUGCAGCGGUACAGAGACGCUUCUGCUGAGGUGUUAUCUUUGUUACUAGAUUACUGCCAGCUAGUGGAGAAGGCCUCCAUAGAUGAGGUGUAUGCGGACCUCACCCCCCACGCCGCUGCCCUCGUCCUCUCCCUCAUCAACGAGGGGCCCCCCUCAGACACAGAAGACGGGGGGGCCCCCCAACCCAGUCCUCAGGGGGGCCACCAACCCAGUCCUCAGGGGGCCCCCCAACCCAGUCCUCAGGGGGCCCCUCAACCCAGUCCUCAGGGGGUCCCCGAAGCCUGUCCUCAGGGGGCCCCCCAACCCAGCCCGCAGGGGGGCCCCCAACACAGUCCUCAGGGGGGCCCCCAACCCGCUUCUCAGGGGGGCCCCCAACCCACAGUACCGUCCGUCCCCGCAGAGGGGCCCCCACGGAUUACAUUAGGCACUUCGCAUGAGGCAGCCCCUGAGGGGGCCCCUGAGGGGGCCUCUGAGGGGCCCGCUGCUGUAGCCACUGAGGGGCCCCCUGCUGUAGCCCCUGAGGGGCCCCCUGCGGUACCCCCCGAGGGGCCCCCUGCGGUACCCCCCAAGAGGCCCCCUGCGGUACCCCUCGAGGGGCCCCCUGCGGCAGUCCCUGAGGGGGCCCCCGAGGGGCCCCCUGCAGUAGGCCCUGAGGGGGCCCCUGAGCAGGCUGCUGAGGGGGCCCCUGAAGCGGCCCUUGAAAGGGAUGGGGGGCCCCCCCAAGGCCCCCUUGAGGGGCCCCCUAAAGGAGGGUCUUGUGGGGGGGCCCCCUCCACUCCAUCAACUCCGUCAGAUGCCCAGUUAGAGCGCAGGGGGCCCCCCGAUACCCCUGAGGCCCCUGGGGCCUCGGGGCCCCCUGGGGGCCCCUCUGUUUCUAGUGGUUUGUCUUACAGCCCCUCGCCUGUGGGUGCUGCAGUGAAGCAGCAGGGGGCCCCCCUUCCUCCCCUUGGAAGGGUACAGGAGGAGGAGGAGACGCAGGGGGGGGCCCCCCCUUGGGGGCCCCUGCCCCUGAGCCCUCUUCGUCUCCUGGGGGCCCUUCCUGUGGACCCUCGUCUCCCCUGGGGGCCCCCACGGGGGCCCCCCAGGGCCCCCAAAGGGGCCCCCGUCAGGAGCAUCCGGCAGAGGCCCCUUGGGCGGUUGGGGGCAGCACAGGCAGCGGUGAUGGGGGCCCCUGCGGGGGCCCCUCCCCCCCAGAGGGGCCCCGUUGGUCUCCCACUACCCCCAUAG